CAUUACUUUUUGAAGAAGAUGCAGUAACAAGCCACGUGCACUCUCCAGAUGACCAGGACAUGGAAUCCUUGUCCAGUGAUAGCUGCUCACUCGCUGCAUCAGUAAGAAAUACCGAAGAGGACUUGGAGCUCGAGGGAGCAGUCAGUGGCAUCAUCUUCUCUCCUCCAUCACGUACAACUUCAGAAGAAGAAGAAGAACAAAAGAUGAGGGAUGAAACCCAGUCAGAGGCGGCUGCCUCCGCAUUGUGGUUUCAAGAAGAGGCGGUCGACAGCCACUCUUCAGACAACCAAGAUACAGAAUCCAUGUCAAGUGAUAACUGGUCACUUGCUGCAACAGCAGGAAGUAUAGAUGACACAGAGGGCUUAGACCUUGAGGGAGCAAUCGGUGGCAUCCUCUCCUCCUCGAUCACGUACAGCUUCGGGUUUGCCUCGUGCUCCGGCCAGUAUUCCACCCCCGGGGCCCAACUUUGCAAGACUCGCUGUACGUUGUCAUCUGGUACAACCCACAAUGAGGAUUUUGUGCCAGAUUCUGCGUUUGCCAGAACGAGACAUUCAGCAGGCUAUGGAGGACUUGUCAUGCUCUGGACCACCAGGACUUAUUGUGCUUGAGAAUCAAGAGUUCCCAAUGUUACCAGAUGCUGGUCAGUUAGGCCAAGAACAGGCAAUAGGUGCUGUGCAUGUGUUCAGCCCUGCAUCUGAACAGCUGAUUGUAACAGAACAAGGCCAUCCACUGCAGUUCCUUUGGGAAGUUGCUGCCAGGACUGGCCUGAUCCGAGAAGUGUGUUUGAGCACGUCCUGGAUUCCAGCUUCACCUUCCGGUACUAUGUGCCCAGACGCCCUCCAGAUCCCGACAACCCGCCUUUUGUGCCGUGUGAUGCAAGGAUUGGGACCGGGACUACCGUCCAGGCUGUGGCCGCAACAGAAGGCACCCGAUGGGCCUGGAUAAUCACAUUGACACCAACUGGAGCAGAGCUGGAAUUUUACAUGGACCUAGAAAGCAAUCAGGGUGGUGCAUGUGGCAACCAGCGCAUGGCAGCACAUGUGGUCCCUGCUGGCAGUGCUGGCCUAAACCCUGAA